AACGCGUUGAACGCUCGUGUGGAAAAAAAAAUUCAAUUUGCAUACGGAUGUGACUUACCUGUUUAUCUUGUGGUUCAUCGGAUUUAAAUAGUAGUUUACAGUUAGACGAAUUAUCGUAGUGAUCAAAGUGUUCAAGUGCUACAAAUUGUACAAUUUUUAAACUAAGAUUGUGUUUUAGCAAACAUAUUUUGAUUCUGGAAUCUACUGCUGCCCUAUCGAAACAAUCGUUCGCAGAAGCCGUAAACAACACCAACACAUGCGCAUCUCGAACUGUCAAAUCAGUGCGCCAUCUUGAUUCUUGUGAAUCGUCGGAGCAAUCUUUCUGAAGACGUUUUUGGCUUGCGGAAAAUUUGCUUUGCAUCGUAGGGGACAAACUGCAGUAAAUUUGUAUCUUGGCUGACUGGACAUCCUCAUAAAAAAAAUCGGGACCAUAAAUAGCUGGUUGUCCGAACGGAAGAAGCCGUAGAAAAGUGCAUAGUGUUUCAAAAUUCAGAGUGUUUUCAUUGUGUGGGAGCUCCUCGAACGUGUCGAAAAAACGGUUCAGUUCUCUUCCCGUUUUGACCGUAGUGUUUUGAAUGGAGAAUUCUGUUUCCGUUGUGUUUUUGCAGAAAGGGAAUAAGUGAACCAUUAUUCCUGUAGAAGGCGAAGCCAAUCGCCAUUUUUGGACAUUGAAAAGUGGGAUUUUUGGUGCGUUGGUAGUGAAAUCCGCAGAGGAAAACAACUAGAAGCGGCUGUUAUUAUUUCGAGAUUGUUUUUUUUUUUGUGAUUUGGAUACAUUUAUUCUCCACAACAGAAGAACCCGCUGUGGUGUAACAGCAACUUAUAAAGCGGAAGAAAAUUUCGUAAAAGGCAAACAAAAUAUUAGUGCUAUCAGUUAUACAAACCUCUGACCACCGAAGUUGUGGUCAACAAUGGAAGUGCAUUGUGAGAAAAUAAGUGUUUCCGCAACCAUUUAACGGUUCGGUGGGGAAUUAAAAAAAUACCAUCUACAGAAAAUUCAAAAAGUGUUAACAGUGUGAAGAAAUAUUGAGUGUAUUUGUGCCUAGUAAGCGAUUAAAAAAUAAAACAUGAGUCGCAAUCGUACUAAAGGGGGUACUAACAGUUCCUCCAGCAAGAAGCAACACGAAAGUGGCUUCUACGAAGAGUACUCCUCGUCAUCUUCCUCCCUAUCGUACGGACUGGCAUCGAAGGAUUUUAAAGGUUCAUCCGGAAGCGGCAAAACCCAAUCCACGUCCUCGUCAUCCCGGCACUAUCACCACCACCAUCAUCACCAACCGGCUCGUCCGGUGAAAUCGGAUUACCAAGCAUUCUGCAAGAAGUAUUACCAACAGCAAUCGGAAACGAAACGCAAGGGCGCUUGCGAUUCGAUUGAGCCACCGGAUCUGAUCAACCAAAUCGUGGCCGAUCAGCAAAAAAAGAUCCUGCUGCAGCAGGCUGCAGCACGGAAGAAACAACAGCAGCAACAGGAACAGCACGCGCUCGUUAGUAGCAGCAGUGGUGGUAGUAGUAGCAACUACCAUCAGGUGCGUGAGGCGCCCGUCAUAAUUGAUUCGGAAGAUUCCGACAACGGGGCCGCUAGUGGAAAUGAGAGUGGUAGCGAUGGGGAGGGGCACUCGCAUCGAUUGCAUCAACAUCAUCAUAAUCAUCAUCAACAACUGCAACAUCAGCAGCAGCACCAUAAUCAAAAACAAGGAAAUGGUGGUGGCAAGGCCCGUGCCGCCGAGGGAGAAGAAGAAGACGAUGAAGAUGAUGAGGAGGAGGAAGAACAGGUGCAGCAGCAGAAGCAGGCGCAGGAUACGCCCAAGAAGCGUAACGAGAAGAGCAGCAGCAGUGUGAUUUACAAUGGUACGAUAGUCGACAAAGAAGGUCUGGAGAUGAUCAAAAUCUCCACCAUCAACACCAAAGUUAAACUCUGCGAGGACGAUAAAGUCAGUAUGGAUGACUUUAAGCUGUUGAAAGUUUUGGGAACUGGCGCAUACGGAAAGGUAUUUUUGGUGCGAAAAAUCGGCGGUGUAGACAACGACAAACUGUACGCAAUGAAGGUCCUGAAGAAGGCUACCAUCUGCCAAAAGAAAAAGACAGCCGAACACACAAAAACUGAACGACAGGUGCUGGAAUCCAUUAAGCGGUCGCCUUUUCUUGUAACGAUGCACUACGCCUUUCAAACAGACUCGAAACUUCACAUAAUUUUGGACUAUGUGAGUGGUGGGGAACUGUUCACUCAUCUGUACAACAAGGAACAUUUUACUGAAGACGAGGUGCGGAUCUAUAUCGCCGAAAUUAUCGUUGCUCUGGAGCAGCUUCAUAAGUUGGGAAUCAUUUACCGCGACAUCAAACUAGAGAAUAUCCUUAUCGACUCGGAAGGCCACAUCGUACUGACGGAUUUUGGACUCUCCCGCGAACUUGUGUACGAAAAUGAACGAGCGCAUAGUUUCUGCGGUACCAUCGAGUACAUGGCACCGGAGAUCGUGAAAUCCAACCAAAACGGCCACGACGCAUCCGUCGAUUGGUGGUCGGUUGGGGUACUCACGUUCGAACUGCUCACCGGCAGUUCGCCGUUCAGCUCCGAAGAACCCGCCACGCAGACAGAAAUUUCGAAGAAAAUCACAAACACCGAAGCAGUCAUUCCUGAUCAUCUUUCCCGCGAAGCCAAAGAUUUCAUCCGGAAACUGCUGGUGAAGGACCCUCGGCGGCGGCUGGGAGGUGGAACGGCAGAUGCCUCCGAACUCAAGUCGCACACCUUCUUCAAGUCGGUCAACUGGCGACAGCUGGCAGAGAAGAAAAUUGCCGCCCCAUUCCGACCGGUCAUCGAGGACGAGCUGGAUACGAACAAUUUUAGCGACGAGUUUACGCGGCAAACACCAGUCGAUUCGCCUGCCUCAGCCCCGCCAAACUCCGAACGAUUGUUUAGAGGUUACUCGUACGUUUCGCCUAGUUUACUAUCGAGUAAAAUCGUCGAUAGAAACAAGUACAUGAGAAAUAUCAAUGUUCGACCGAAUGAGGCUUCUAUCCGAAGAUUUGUUACUAAGAGUUCUCCGUUCUACAAAAAGUACGAAUUAAUACCGGAUCGCGCGAUUGGAGAUGGUUUGUUCUCAACCUGCCUCAAAUGCCGCCGGCUAUCAUCAUCGUCCUCCAGUAUGAACCAUAACAGUAGUAGGAACAGCUCCAGUAACAGUAGUAGCAAAUACUACGCCGUGAAAGUGCUGUUCAACCACUCAGAACCGGCAGAGUAUGCGAGGCGGGAGGUCGAAGCGCUGAAAGCGUGUCAAGGUCAGCCCAACAUUGUAAAAUUUGUAGAAGUUUUGAAAGAUUCGCAUCACAUCUACAUCGUACUGGAACUGCUGGGCGGCGGCGAACUGUUGCAUCGAAUAAACAAGAGCAGUAGUUUCACCGAUAGUCAAGCUCGGCACUACUUCCGCCAGAUGGUCCAAGCGGUCGCCUAUAUGCAUCAGAAAGGUUUCGCUCACUGCGAUCUCAAGCCGGAGAAUGUGCUUUUCGAGGGGCCCUCUUCAGAGCAUCUGAAACUGAUAGAUUUCAGUUUCGCCAAAAGCAUAGAAAACAAUAACUGUCUGGUGUCGUCGCCAAUCGCUGGUACGUUAGGCUAUUCGGCACCGGAAGUGUUCGAGGGUCGAUCCUAUGCGCUGGAAUCGAGUGAUCUGUGGUCUCUGGGCGUGAUAUUGUACACGAUGCUAUGCGGUCAGGCUCCGUUUACGCCGCGACAAUUUUUCGGUCACACGAAUUUAGCAUCUUCGGCGAAACAGAUGGAGAUCAUUAUGGACAAAAUUCGGCGCGGUUCAUUCGAUUUAGCGGCGUCUGCGUGGGAGAAUGUUAGUGAAGAGGCCAAAGACUUAGUGAAGCGUUUAUUGACGGUCGAUCCGGAUAGACGGAUAACCAUGGAACAGCUAUUGGUCCACGAGUGGUUAGAUUUGAACCGAACGGCCGGUGUUCGACGUCAACUGAAGACGACCUACCCAAAUCAGAGCAUACAACAACUGGAAUCCAAUGUGAAAAAUACAUACGACGCAUUUAAGCGAGCAGAAGAGGAAGGUUUCCGAUUGCGGGAGGUUAAUCGUACAGUUGCAAAUCAGAAGCGUACCAAUGGGGCCAAAUCCAAGAAGUCGACUGAAAGUCAGUACAGCAGUUCAAUGGAAGAGAGUACUUCUAGCGGUAUUGGACGAAGCAAAUCAAGUAAGAGUAGUUCUAUUUCGGAGAACAAUGGACACCGAACGAUAAGCGUCUCGACCAAUAAUUCCGAGGUGGUGCUUGUAGACGAAGGUGAAAGCGACCAUGAAUCACAGCCUGAAAAGACCCAAAAGGACCAAACUAAAGAAUCUAGCGAAAGCAAUAAUAAUGACCUGAAUAAAACGGAGAAGGCAGAACCGGAAAGUGUGGUGGAAGACGAACCAGAAGAAGACGAUCAGGAGUUUGAUGAUUUGUUGGCAGAUUUCGACGAAAUUGUCGAGGAGCACAAAGCUGAGAUGCAACAGCUGGAGCAGCAAAAGGGAUCAACCGAGGUCCAGGAUGAGCCGGAAAAGCAGGUACGAAGACGGGAAGAGUCAUGCGAGAGUGACACAAGCAGUACUACUGUUCCACUGGAGCUUGAGAAUGAGGUGCAUAAUCAAACGCAAGCUCCUCAGGAGGUCGUACAAGAAAAACCGUCGGAUGAUGCGGAAGAGGAAAGUGAAGAGGAAUUAGCUCAACCCGCUGCUGUUGAACCGGCUCAACCGUCGAUCGAGGAUCGCUUGUCUUCGUGCUCGAGCGAAGCUGUUGUUUACGGAUGGCGAGAUUCGAUCGAUACAGAGGUACGCGAAUUUGGCUACACGUCUGGAGAUGUUGAGCCUAUUUUCCGUGGUUUUGACGAAACCACAGAUUUGGGCGGCAAGCCGAUCAUCCUUACGUUCAGGAUCAAAUCGAUAACCAAGAUCCGCAAACGGCGAAUGGAAAUUGACCUCGGUUUCAGGCGCUCCAAAAGGAUGCGGUCGUGCGUAAAUUAUGUGUUUUAAAUUAGGAAUGUUUUUUGCUAUGACGUUUGUUAAAUAUUUUCCUAUUUUCCUUCGAAGGACAUUUGAGUCUUUAUAGAGAUAAAACGAUAUCUUUUGUGUACUAUAUUUUUCUCAUUUUACGAUAAAACUUUCAUUUUCCAUGGAUUGAUCGAUCUCCUAGAAGCAAAUUGAUAAGAAUAAUAGUACAUAUGUAUGAAAAAAACAAGAAAUAAACAGAAACAUCAAGUGCACUUAUUAGAGAUUUGUUAACGGACGAAUGAAGCAUAGAAACUGCAACACUGCAGAUAAAUUAACUUAAAACACACACACAUAGAGAGAAAGACAUUUUAGUAGUUGAAUAAAUGCAACAGACUGAACUACAAAUUUUACCCCUUUUUAAUCAAGUCUGAAAGCAGCUCAUUUGUAAAGUGGUGAAAAAAAGUGGUUCGUGGUGUUGUCAGGUUUGAGGCAGAUUUAUUGCAACAAACACGGUUUCAAUCAGCGUAACUUUUUUCCAACUUCGUUUUUGAAUCCGGUAGUCUGUUGAUCGCCGUUAUGAAGUGCUCUGUCAACAAGCGUCACGAAUAUCUCCACGAAUCGAUUCCUUGGCCAUGAUUUAUGACAAAAUUGAUUCCUGAUGGCUGUUUUACGUGUUCUGACUUGAAAAAACCCUGAUUAAUCCACAUAGCGGUGUUGCUGCCUUUCUCGUGUUUUUUUUUUUGUGAAUUAAUCAUAUUUUGGUCAUAACUUCUGAGCCUAUAGUCCGAUCUGGCAAAUUUUUUAAUAGCAAACAAUGGAACAGUCGGAUGGAACCUGUCGCGAGUAAUUCGACUAAUGCUAAGCUCCAAAAAGUGUGUCUACAAAAUUUUGCAAGCAUACAAACACACAUAAUAGACAUCACCUGAAUUCGUCGAGGUGGUGCAUUUAAACUUGUUUUAUACAGCUAUGCCAAAAUAACAUAGUCCCCUUCAGCAAAUUAGCGAGAAUGAAGCUUCCUAUUUUAACGAGUGAUACGAGGUCUGCCUUUCAAGAUUCUGCAUUUUGUAAUUCCGCCUUCCAUGUUUCCACCUUUCGUUGGGGUCCCGUUGAUUUACGAGGUUUAUGGCACGGUUUUGCACCUUGCACCUUGGAUAAAUAUCAGGAACAUAAGCCUAUCUGAGUACUUAGUUACUCCGUAAACAAUUCAAUAUUCUAAAAAUUAGGCAUAAAUUUUCAAAACAAAGCGCGGUAACAUAAUUGUUGAUUCGAGCAGACUCUACGUCUUUAUGAGCCUUCUGAAAAUUCGUAAAAUAAAUUUGAAUCUUUAUUGCCUUGAUAGCUGAACAGGCUAUAAGACUACAAAAAAACAAAAUACUUUGUCUUCAUAAAUACAAAUGAAAAAAAAAUUAAACCACCACUAUUAAAUACCGUCUCGGAACUUGGAACCAGAGCGCUUUGGGAUCAAUUUUGUACUCCGAUUCAAUAAACUGAACUAAUCUGCUCAUCAAUCUAGCAUUUCAUUGAACUGCCAAGCUUCACUCGUGAAAGUAGCAAAUAAUCAUCUACCGUACUGUGCGCAAUCCCCGUUUUAUUUAUUAUCAUAUAAUCACUCAUAUUGGCACCUCAGCAAAAAUAUCAUCCAAUAAUUACACCCUUUAUACUGAUAGUGUAGACCAACGGAAAUUAAAAUUAAAAAAACAACACGAAAGCAGCAGGAAAUCACAUAGACUAGAAAGAAAAUAUGUAAAAACUCUCUAAUAGAAAUGUCAAAAAAAAAAAUACGAAUAAGCACUCAAACGUAAGCCUUUUUGAGAAAAGGGAAGAGAUGCCUUAGAAGUGAAUCCAUAUCAGCAAAGCGCCAAUAGCUGAAAAUGGAACAUACAGCAUAAAACACCACAACUGAGCGCAAGGUACGAAACGCGCUGUAGUUGAUCACAAUCAUCUAUUGAUUUUCAGUUGACUCUGUUUUGUUAUUUUUUUUCUAUUGCUAAGUUAAGUAUUGUUUCCUCUACAUUCAAUUGGAUGGUAGUAACUGCGCAGCGUGUGAAUGAGUAGUUAAAUUAAAUUUACAGACGUUAGUUUUGUACGUGUGAUUGUGAAUCUUAUAACAAACAUGGUUACUGUCGUCGUUUCCAAAAUACCAGGUAGGUUGAGCAGUCAUUGUAAAUAUUAAGUACAAUUAUUAUACUUAUAUGAAUAGGCAACACUAGUAAACAAACUCGGAACCUGGAAGUAAGUGACAGUGUUUCUGCCAAAUUGCGUUCCCUUUCGUCCUGCAUAAAAUACGCCGGUCAAGUAUAUCUCAAAAUGUUGAUAAUCGGGUGUGUAGAUACAAGACAACAAUAUUAAAAUUGAGUUCAGAAUAUAAAAAAGGCUGGAUAUCGGAAAGCUUAAAACAAAUAUGGUAAUAUAAUCCAGCCCUGAUAUAGUUAGUCCAAUUAAUUAGGAUUGAUUUUUAGGAACACGCAGAGCGAAAAAACAUAUUCUAGCAUAUUGUAGGGUCGUGUAAAAUUUUACCCAUAUUCUAUCGAACAGUAAUUAAUAUUACUUUACAAAAAUAUCGAGAGUUUGAAAUCACGCUGUAUAUGUAAUGUAAAAUUAGACAAACAAACAAAUGCAAAUAAUCUCUAGGAAAGACUAAAGAAAUGCAUACAAAUGUAGCGAAUAAAGUGAAAUAAAAUAAGACUAGGUUUGAUAAUAAUGUUAAACAAAUUGAUAGAUUAAUUCAAAUUGAUGGAUGUUUUUUUCUUUCCUCCUUAAUUUAGUUAAUUGCAAUUGUUUUUCUUUAUUGAUUCUUGAAGUUUAGGUGCACCGUUUUAUUAGAGUUUAUUUUGUCUCACCACCUCACAUUUACCGUGCAGAAUGGUUUUCCCGAAAAGCAAACAAGUGUGUGUAUAGUACUAACAAUAUUAGGGAAUGGCGUCGGGAAAUCUGCACCAACCGAGAAUAUUAUUUAAAACGAAGAAAAAAAUGAAGAAUAAAAAAUAAAAUUCGGAUGAAAAUAUCUAUGAAGUAUGA